AUGGGCGAUUACAGGAGGAAAAUCCCCAUCUAUAACGAUUACGAGAAAAAGAAAGAUCUGUUAAAAUUUUCCUUUUUAAAAGAUGGAGAGGAGGAACAAAGAGACGUCCAGAAAAAACACACAACGGAGGAGGUCCAAUUUAUUAGUAAGUAUCACAAAAGGGCAAGAAGAGUGGAAGAACGUCUUACGAAAAGGUGCAAAAAACAGGGGACAAGAAAAUACCCAUUUUGCUUCUUCUACACUUUGUUUGCAAACAAACUGAAGGAAGACAACAGCGAGAGUUACUAUGCCCACGAGAAGAAGUUCCCCUUUCUCAUCGACACGACUGUGAAGAAACCAGAUAUAACUAGAAGCAUGCAAGAUGUGCUAAAUAACAUCUAUGAACAGGAUGAUGCUGAGAAAAUUCGAUUAUCCGAAGACAUUAAAACGAAAGAGGUGUUGCUUGAGAGGAGGAAGAAACUGUUUCUUCAGGAGUUGGGUGGUGGCGAAAUGGUGGAUGUCCAUGCGGAGCUGUUUUUAGACCCACAGAAAGAUUACGGUGACGCAGUAAAGAAUAAAAAUAAAAUGUUGACUCUGAAGAAUUACGGAUUGGGACAGUCCCCGUCCGAUUUUGUUUUUUCAUACCCGCAAGUUAAAGCUAACCACAAACAAAACGAGGGCAAGAAAAAUGCCUACACGUGGGCAGAUGAUGUAUAUGGACCGAUGCACUACAUUAGUAGUUCUGCUUUCACCUGGAACGCGACUUUAUUUUAUUUUAUUUUUUGUGUCGUAACCCAAAAAACAGAAGGAAGAGGUGGAUAUGCAAGCGAAAUGGUGAAGUCGCACAUACGAAAAAACAAAUACGAGGGAAUCACAAAAAGGUUAAACGUGCACAAUGUAGAAGAUUUAUACACAGGAAAAAAUCAGGAAAUGAGGGAACAGGCAGGUUCGCACGGAGGAAACAUUACAACGAAGAGUAUCUUCUUGAUGAAAAACAGACUGAGAUAUAUUAACCACACCAGAAAUAGCCACUUCGUAGAGAGUUAUUUGAAAGAACGCCCGAGAAUUAUUCUGAGGUAUAAAGGAUUUCAAAAAAGGCUAUAA